CAGCCUCUUUCUCUCACCCCUCCCCCUUUCAUCAGAAUGAUAAAGAAAGGGCCUGGGCUUGCCUGUCCCAGCAUGGCCUCGGGCUGGGACCCGGCCUCAACUUAUGCUCCGACUACCCCAAGCCCCCAGUUAGCCCUGGCUCCGGCCCAGGGCUACCUCCCUCGUAUGGGGCCUCGCGACAACUCUCAGCUGAGGCCUCCGGAGGCAGAGUCUCUUUCGAAGACCCCCAAGAGGAGGAAGAAGAGAUACCUACGGCAUGACAAGCCCCCCUACACCUACUUGGCCAUGAUCGCCUUGGUAAUUCAGGCCGCACCCUUCCGCAGGCUGAAACUGGCUCAGAUUAUCCGUCAGGUCCAAGCAGUGUUCCCCUUCUUCAGGGACGACUAUGAGGGCUGGAAGGACUCCAUCCGCCACAACCUUUCCUCUAAUCGGUGCUUCCGUAAGGUGCCCAAGGACCCUGCAAAGCCCCAGGCCAAGGGCAACUUCUGGGCGGUGGAUGUGAGCCUGAUUCCUGCGGAGGCGCUGCGCCUUCAGAACACUGCCCUGUGCCGGCGAUGGCAGAACCGGGGCAGCCACAGAACUUUCGCCAAGGACCUCAGCCCCUACGUGCUCCACGGCCAGCCUUAUCAGCCACCCAGUCCCCCACCACCAUCUAGGGAGGGUUUCAGCAUCAAGUCUCUGCUAGGGGACCCUGGGAAAGAAUCCACAUGGCCCCACCAUCCUGGGCUAGCUAGACAGAGCACUGCAGCUCAGGCAGGCACCUUGUCAAAGGGGGAAGAAGGGGUGGGCACUGGACCCUCUAACUCCUCUGAGAAGCCUCUUUGGCCCCUCUGCUCCCUUUCUGGGCCCACAAUAAUAGAGGGGGAGAGUUCCCAAGGGGAGGUCAUCAGGCCUUCUCCCGUCUCCCCAGAUCAAGGCUCCUGGCCCCUCCACUUACUUCAGGAUUCUGCAGAUUCCAGGGGAAUGUCUAGGAGAGGGAGCAGAGCUUCCUUGUGGGGACAGCUACCCACUUCUUACUUGCCCAUCUAUACACCCAAUGUAGUGAUGCCCUUGGGCACACUACCGACCACCUCUUGUCCCCAGUGUCCAUCUUCUGCCAGCCCAGCUUACUGGAGUGUAGGCACUGAAUCCCAAGGGUCCCAGGACCUGCUCUGUGAUCUAGAUUCCCUCUUCCAGGGAGUACCACCCAACAAGAGCAUCUAUGAUGUGUGGGUCAGCCACCCUAGGGACCUGGCAGCUCCUGCCCCAGGCUGGCUCCUUUCCUGGUACAGCGUGUAAUAGUCUAGGGCAGAAAGGGCUGCUUCUCUCUUCCAUCCAUGAAUACCAUUUUGAUGAGCCAGAGCUAGAAGCAUGUCCGCAGC